CCGGGUUAGAUCACUUUACGUGGACAACGUGUCCGUCAGUGCAGUGGUUUGUGUUACGGAAACUUUGAGCCAUGAAUAUCACGGUGCAUCUGGCGUUGGUGCUGGUGGUCCUGUUGUCGGUGGAGUCAGCUCCUGAUGGAAGGUUCAAUAGGAAACAGGAGCGUCCAACCCGAGGGUUGGUAAACUUCAACACUCUAGCAGCCCGUAGCUUUGGAAAACGCGACAGGAUUGAGCGCGACGUCAAUCAACAGCCUCCACCGGAGCGCACUAAUCGUGGUACACCCACUUUUAAGAGCCCCUCUGUUGGAAUUGCUAGAGAUUAUGGCAAAAGAACGCCAGAUAUGGAAUCGGAAGAUGAGCCGAACAGGAAAAAAUUUCAUUUGAAGGGCCCAUUGAUGGUCGCUACAUACUACGGAAAAAGGACUGAUAAUGAUUACUUAAGAGAGGAAGAGGAAGAAAUUAGAGUGACUAGAGGAACAUUCAAUCCACAUUCUAAUGUGCUUAUUGCUAGAGGAUAUGGAAAAAGGGAGUCAAGAGAUGAAGAACACGAGCCGAAUAAUUUCUGGGAAAAUCUUGAGGCAUCACAGGACGGCGACAAUGGUAAUGAUGAAAAGACGGUGGACAGUAUUCCGAUGGAUUGGUUCGUCAAUGAAAUGAUAAAUAGCCCCGAUUUCGUCCGAUCUGUCGUACUCAAAUUCAUAGACCUUAAUCAGGACGGCAUGCUCUCAGCGGAGGAACUUUUAAGAAAAUAUUGAAUGAUUUCUGUUAAAUCUCGUGAUUCUCUUUAACCCAUUGAUUAGUUUUAUAUAAAUCUUUUACUGAGUUAUAAUCAUUUUGUAACUUACGGCACUGUGAUAUAUUAAAUAUUGUUUCAUGAAAAUAUAAACGUCUAUUAUUUAUGACUUGACAGAUAUUAAUACUUUGUAAAUACUUUUAAAUUGUCUAUAAUUUUCGGUGCAUUUAGAUUGCCAUGAUUCUGUAACAUGUACUGUGUUAAUAUAAUUCGUAUUUAAAAAUUCGUUUAUUUUAUUUAUUCGACUUGUAAUCACAUUAUUAUCAUUUUAAACAAUUACCACUGUACUAUUUGGUUCCGUACUACAAUGUUAGCCAGCUUCGUUCAUUUCCUAAAGAUUUUUUGCAGAAUCCUUAACGUACAAUAACAGCUAAGUCUAUAGGAUUAUUCUUGUGGUAUCUUUAAUAAAGGUGCUUUUUAUUCACACAAUAUUAAUGCCUUCUUCAUUUCUAAUAUUCAUAUAAAAGUAUAACUGUAUACUCCAAAUAAAUAUGAGAUGAAAGACUUGACAUUUAUUGUUGUAGAUUUCUUUUCCAUGUCUCACUCUGUUUAUUAUCUGUAGAUUAUGUGAGGGGAAAGGCGUAACUUCAACAUUGUAAGAUAUAUGUUAUAUAGGCUGGGUUUAUUGUGAGUCAAUUCGCAAAAAUGUAUUUAUAAGUAGUUCGAGAGCUCUACAUACAUACUUAUAUUGUUAAGUGUAAUUAAAUCGUCUAAUAACUGAGUGUUGAAACGGUGCCCGCUCAUUAGAAUGUU